UUGGGUUGGGCUGCGCAACCAGGGGACUUUCCUCUUUCAGUUUACAGAAAGACACGUCUUUUGUGAGAAGCGAAGGAAAUAUAGAGGUCUGAUACAUGGAGAAAGUUUCGCAUGAAUAUCUACACUGUAAACUACCCCACACUGACACUGAGAUGGAUUCUCCCAGAGCCUCUGGACCAGAACCCCUUGUUGCUACGGUGGACACUGGGCAGAUAACCAGUAAACCUAAUUGGUCACAGGUUAAAARAGAGGAUGGCGAAACGGAAUGGGAUUGUUUUCUGCAGGAGUACCUCACAAACCAAAAACGCCAAGAUGGAAUGUUUGGGAACUCUCUGGACAUUUGCAUCAAUAUGCCAGAGGAGGAGGACGCUGGAUUGGAUCUUCUUGAAGACCAACCACAUAAUUCUGAAUCGCUGUSGGARGUCGAGUGCGUCUCCAACAGUGUCUCCACUUCAGAGACAGGGACCAGUAGAGGGGACACAAGCCCUAAGACACAGAAGCCCACAUGGGGUCCWGACCUGACCCAGUAUGGGAACUGCAGCACUAAGUCCAAUCGUGAAUGUGUGAAUAUAAAACCUUCCAGAGAACACUGUGCAAGAACUGACCAACAACAGAGUGACUKWAGUGAGUCAGUUGUUACCAAAAGCAGCCUUGUGAUUGUUGAACUGGACAAGCGGGUCAGAAUGGAGCAGUCACGUGACCAAAGUCAAAGGAAAUGUACAGGUAGAUAUGACAAGGAGAGUGUUAUGCGGUCAAACGCUCAUCCAUUUAUCAGAGAUAUGCCCCAGUGUUAUGUCCAGUGUGGGAAAAGACUAAGCAAGGCGGACAUUUUGAAAAUACAACAGCAAACUAGAAUGCGAGGGAGACACAAAUGUGACACCUGUGGGAAAACGUUCACGAAAUCCACUUACUUAAAARUACACAUCUUGACGCACACGGGAGAGAGGCCACACGGUUGUAAACUCUGUGGGAAACGGUUCACCCAGUCAUCUCAUUUAAACACCCACAUGCGCAGACACACAGGACUGAAGCCAUUUUCAUGUCCUGUAUGUGYGAAAACAUUUAUCGACUCAAAAUCCUGCKAGAUCCACCAGCGAACGCACACAGGUGAAAAGCCGUACCCUUGUUCUCAAUGUGGCCAGGCCUUUAGUCAGACCGGCAACUUAAAAAAACACAUGAUGGCCUUCCAUAGCACUGAUGGUGCAGYGAAACCUCACCGAUGCACCACGUGCGACCGAGGCUUCAUGAGUCUUACAGAGUUAAAUGUUCACAAGCUCCUUCAUUCCGGACUGAAACCACACUGCUGCUCCGAGUGCGGGAAAAGCUUCCGACUCCAAUCACAUCUGAAAGAUCACCAACGGGUUCACACAGGCGCCAAACCCUUCUCCUGCAAUGUAUGUGGCAGCAAGUUCUCCAACUACACCACCUGGUCCAGACACAAACAGAUCCACACGGGCAACAAACCGCAGGAAUGCUCGCAAUGCGGGCUGAGGUUCCGAUGUCCGGGCACCUUGAAGACGCACCAGCGAACUCACACCAAGGAGAAACCAUACACUUGCAGUUUACCCGACUGUGGUAAACGGUUCAGUCAUGCYUUGAGUUUGCAAAGACAUGUUCGUACUCAUACAGGAGAGAAACCAUUUGCUUGUUCCACAUGUGAUUACAGAGCCGCGGACAAAUCGUCACUCAGAACCCACGAGWAGAGACACACUGGGGUGAAACCUUACUACUGUGAUGAGUGUGGGAAGUCCUUUUUAUUACCAAAAGAGRUUAAUAUCCAUCAGAGAAUCCACACAGGGGAGAAGCCAUACCAUUGUGACAUAUGCGGGAAAGAUUUCGCCCAGCUAAGUAACAUGAAAACACAUCAGCAAACACACAUCAAGGAGAAGCCGUACGCUUGCAGUUUCCCUGACCGCAGUUAACAGUUCAGUCAAGAGUUGAGUUUGCAGAGACAUUUUCCGACUCACACCGAAGAGAAACCGUUUGCAUGUUGAAUGUGUGAUUGCAGAUCCGUGGACAAAUUGUCACUCAGAACCCACGAGAAGAGACACGGGUGAAGCUUCACUACUGUGACGAGUGUUGGGAGUCCUUUUUUAUUUGAAGUGGAGCUGYAAGUCCAUCAGAGAAUCCACACAGGGGAGAAACCACA